CCCGGGCAUGCCCAGUGUGGGCGCAGCGGCCCUGGCCCUGGGAUCGCCCUGGCGGGAGCGGGUGACCGGGUGCGGAGGGGCGUGGAGGAGCCGAGCGGGCCAGCGGUGGGCCAGGGGCCGAGCCGGAGCCGGAGCCGCGGGGGCAAAGCUGCCGGAAACUUCUCUACCUGAAGUGAGUGCAUCUGUGUAGGAUUUGACCCAAGGAGAAGAUGGUACAUACAGUGUUGUGCAAGUUGCCUUCCCUCUGCUGUAUUCCCUGCUCUUCCUGUUCUGGGUGGCAGUAGUCCAGUUGGGUCAAUAAGGUGCUUCAUGAUGAGACAUUUGGGGACACUUGUCUCUCCUUUGUGUAGUUGAUAGUUUGGGCGGUGAAGAGAUGGCUGACAGUGUCAAAACCUUUCUGCAGGACCUUGCCAGGGGAAUCAAAGACUCCAUCUGGGGAAUUUGUACCAUCUCAAAGCUGGACGCUCGAAUUCAGCAAAAGAGAGAGGAGCAGCGUCGAAGAAGGGCAAGCAGUGUCCUGGCUCAGAGGAGAGCCCAGAGUAUAGAGAGGAAGCAAGAGAGUGAACCACGUAUUGUUAGUAGAAUUUUUCAGUGCUGCGCUUGGAAUGGUGGAGUAUUCUGGUUCAGUCUCCUUUUGUUUUAUCGAGUGUUUAUUCCCAUGCUUCAGUCAGUAACGGCCCAAAUUAUUGGUGAUCCGUCACUACAUGGGGACGUUUGGUCGUGGCUCGAGUUUUUCCUCACGUCAAUUUUCAGUGCUCUUUGGGUGCUUCCCCUGUUUGUGCUUAGCAAAGUUGUGAAUGCAAUUUGGUUUCAGGAUAUAGCUGACCUGGCCUUUGAGGUCUCAGGGAGGAAGCCUCACCCGUUCCCCAGUGUCAGCAAGAUAAUUGCUGACAUGCUCUUCAACCUUUUGCUGCAGGCUCUUUUCCUCCUCCAGGGGAUGUUUGUGAGUCUCUUUCCCAUCCAUCUUGUUGGUCAGCUGGUUAGUCUCCUGCAUAUGUCUCUUCUCUACUCACUAUACUGCUUCGAAUAUCGUUGGUUCAAUAAAGGAAUUGAAAUGCACCAGCGAUUGUCAAACAUAGAAAGGAAUUGGCCUUACUACUUUGGAUUUGGUCUGCCCUUGGCUUUCCUCACAGCCAUGCAGUCCUCCUACAUUGUCAGUGGCUGCCUAUUCUCUAUCCUCUUUCCUUUAUUCAUUAUCAGCGCCAAUGAAGCAAAGACCCCUGGCAAAGCAUACCUUUUCCAAUUGCGCCUCUUCUCCUUGGUGGUUUUCUUAAGCAACAGACUCUUCCACAAGACGGUCUACCUGCAGUCUGCCCUGAGUAGUUCAACUUCCGCAGAGAAGUUCCCCUCACCACACCCAUCUCCUGCCAAACUGAAGGCUGCGGAGGGCCACUGAGUCGCCUGCCAUCCAGAGGGGAUGGGUGGGAUUGGAAGGAUGCCGCGCCAGCUCUUUCUCUCGUUCACCUCCCCGACCAGGGAAGGCAGGACCCACUCUGCCAAGGGCCCUGUGCAUAUUCCCUUCUCUCUGAGGAAUCGGGAUUUUUGUCUCUUGUGCACGUAAGGCAGAAUCGUCCUGACACCAGUAUGGAUUUUAAACACCGGUGAGUCUGAAAGGACCACAGGUUUUUCUGCAGCUCUUUUCUAGCAUUUGCCAGCCCCCGUGCCUGGACUGAUUUGAAUACUUUUUCUCCCUGUGCCAUUUAUCCUUCCACCUCCCCUUCCUGCCUUCCACCACCCUUGGAUGAAUGGAUUUUUGUAAUUCUAGUUGUUGUAUUUUGUGGACCUGUUGUUUUGGUUUUUCUGUGAAGCACAUAUAUUGGACGUGGGAAGUAAAGGAGGCUCUGCUGCUCCUGGUCACUCCCGUUACAGCCAUCACUGUCUUGUUUCUUGUAACUCAGGCUAGAUUUGGUCUCUUGCUCCACUGCAAAAAAAAACAAGCCUGAAGAGAUGGGACAGGAGGAAAGACCUCACAGCCAGAUCUGCUGGGUUUUGAGGAGUGGUUUUCUUUCUUCCCCUUGAAGGGGAAAAAGCUUUUUUCACUGGUACAUUUAAAGCUCCCCCAGCUAUAGGGAGGUACCAAUUUUGGACAAGUGCCACUGCAACACAGAAUGCUCAGAGAACCUGAACUUUUAAACUCUGGAGGUCUGAACUUUCCUAUGGCCACUGCUGGGUCUGUCUGGUAUUUCAAAGGAAUAUUGGGUGCUGCAAAUAGGAACUGAAGGGGUAAACUUAUUAAACCCAUUAAACCUGUGA